AUGAUGGACACCAACCGGUGAAGACGUGUUAAAAAUCCUUAUUUUGAUCUGGAUUCGUCUGCCUCAAAAUAACUGGAAAAGUCGUCUGGAAAUGAACUCUGAAGGUGCAUAUCGGUCUCAGAGCAUUAAUGAUACGGGUGUUCGCUUCUCCUCCUUUCUCAGCCACAUGAAAAGUUUGACUGGAGCUGGCUGAAGGGAGGCUACCUGUCUUUCCCAUUGACUUUUAAAGUCUGUGUAGUAAAGCAACUGGACUACUGUUUCACAGGACACUGAGGGUUGCAUGCAUCAGUGCCAAGAAAUUGCAUUGCGUGGGAGACUACUGCUAAGGAGACAUAGAGACGUUUCGUGAGGAUGGAGGUGGGAGCUGAGCAAGGACGGGCACAGGGGAAUGGACGCAGUGCCGCCGCAGCCGGAAAGCCCCACAGCUCUCCCUGCAACAGCCUGAAGAUGUUUCUGGUGGCUUUGUCCUUUGCCUAUUUUGCAAAGGCUCUGUCGGGGAGCUACAUGAAGAGCACAAUAACUCAGCUGGAGAGGCGCUUUGACAUCCCGAGUUACCUAAUAGGCGUCAUUGACGGGAGCUUCGAGGUUGGUAACCUGUUGGUGAUAGCUUUUGUCAGUUACUUUGGGGCCAAGCUCCAUAGACCAAAGAUCAUCGCAGUAGGUUGCGUCCUGAUGUCUAUUGGCACCUUCAUCAUCGCUUUGCCUCACUUCAUCAUUGGACGCUACCAAUAUGAAACAUCUGUGCGGUGGGUAGCAAACUCAACACUGAACCCCUCUCCUUGUCCAGUGGGCUCUCCGGCAGACUUACCUCAAGAUAGAAAACUGCCUCAUAUGCCAGCCACAGGUUGUGAAGGAGACUCAAACCUUUCAAUGUGGAUCUAUGUGCUCCUUGGAAAUGUCCUGCGGGGGAUUGGAGAGACACCUGUUCAGCCACUUGGGAUCUCUUAUAUAGAUGAUUUUGCUUCUGAGGAGAAUGCUGCGCUAUAUGUUGGCUGUGUGCAGACCAUUUCCGUCGUUGGACCUGUGUUCGGCUACCUAUUAGGCUCCCUUUGUGCCAAAAUCUAUGUGGACAUUGGAUUUGUAAAAAUGGAAACUAUCACCAUCACCCCAUCAGAUGCCCGCUGGGUGGGGGCCUGGUGGCUGGGCUACCUCAUAGCUGGCUUCAUCACUCUGCUGUCUGCCAUCCCAUUCUGGUUUCUGCCUCGUUCGCUGGACAUUCCCGGGUCCCAGGGCUCAGAGAAGUGCACACCAGAGGAGACGAGUUUCAUUAAAGACCCUCAUAGUGUAAAGCACAAGUAUCCUACUGACCAAAAUACUACUUUCAUAGAGAUGGCCAAAGACUUUAUUCCAACCCUGCGAACUCUGCUGGGAAACCCUGUAUACUUGAUCUACCUGUGUGUGUCAAUCAUCCAGCUGAACUCCCUUAUCGGCAUGGUAACCUACAAGCCCAAGUACAUCGAGCAGCACUUCAGGCAGUCAGCAUCAAAGGCCAACUUUCUCAUGGGUGUGAUUAAUAUCCCAGCUGUGGCCCUGGGGAUGUUUUCUGGAGGUUUACUGAUGAAGAGGCUGAAGCUGAACAUCAUGGGAGCAGCCAGGUUUGCUUUCAGCACAUCUCUGAUCGGUUACAUACUGUCGCUGUUCUUCUUUGCAAUGAGCUGCGAGAAUGCUAAGGUAGCCGGAGUGACACUUCCAUACAACAGCUUGGAUAGCAUAUCUUAUGAUAAACACUCAGUGUUCACAGCAUGCAACUCAGACUGCUUUUGUUCUGCAAGCGACUGGGACCCAGUUUGUGGAGAGAAUGGCAUCACAUAUGUUUCUCCCUGUCUCGCUGGCUGCGCCAACUCUUCUGGCUCAGGGAAGAACACAGUCUUCUCUAGCUGUAGCUGUAUUGGAGUGGCUGGUAAUUUUACGGCCAGCACGGGGCAGUGCCCUGAGAAGGAUGACUGUGACAGGAUGUUCCCGUAUUUCCUGGCCCUCUCUGUCGUCACUUCCUUUAUCAUCUCCCUUGGGGGCACACCAGGCUACAUGUUUCUCAUAAGGUGCAUCAGCCCACAGCUGAAAUCCUUGGCGUUAGGUUUCCAUGCUUUGGCAACUCGUACCCUUGCGGGGAUCCCAGCACCCAUCUACUUUGGAGCAAUCAUUGACACCACAUGUCUUAAAUGGGGUCAGAAGAGGUGUGGAGGUAUAGGAGCCUGUAGAAUCUACAACACCACUGCAUACAGGAUAGCAUACCUGGGUCUGACGCUGAGCCUACGGACUGCCUCGUUUAUUAUUUGCAUCCCGGGCUUCAUUCUGCUCAGUCAACAGCUGAGGAAGGAGGAAAGAAAUGCCAUCCAUGGAGUGCUGGCCAAUGGUGGAACAGAGCUGGAGGAAGAAUUUGUUAUUUCUAAUUCGGACCAAUCACAACAAACUGCAGACAACACCACAGACAGGGAGACAAGGCUGUGACAGAACUGAACCCGCUUGUCUCCUACACACAAACAUCACACACCCACACAUGUGUAUGUAUUUAAGAAUACAUUUACACUGACAGUAUGUCCAGUGAUACUGUAUGCACACACAUUUAAAUGAGAUUUGCAGGGAAUCACAUGUUGUAUCCAAUCAUCUCAUAUAAAGCAAUUCUAUAUUUGUACUACUACUGGUCAUAUGAAGGCUUUGUGAAUUUGACAGAACCUUUGAUAUAACUUAACUAUUUCUUGAAUGUACUGUAUAUGCUGUUAAUAUUUUUCUCAAAAAGAAAAAUAAACUAUAUUUUUGGGGGUUUGAAUGGCGGCACAAGAUAAGAUGGAACAUGUGAUUUGUACAGACUACUACAAAGAAUUGUAUGAUCCUGAAGACCAGCACAGUCUUUAUUCCUGUCAUCACUCGCCGUGGACCGAGAAGGAUAAGUGGUCUUAAAAAAACAGAGUCACAACACCAAAUUCAAACACAGAGGAUGAGAAUAAGGCCUUAAAAAAAACAGGAAUUGAUGAUUUUAUUUUUCUGAAUUUGAAAUAGGGAAGAGAAAUAGGUUGUUAUAUGUGGAUAUGGAACGAUGUGUUUCAAUAACGUAAAGAAGGUUUGUGGUUUUUUGACGUGUGCCUCAUUCACUCAGCAGUACCUCUAAAUCCUAUUAAACAAAUACCAUUUCAUUUGACUUUAAAAUGGAUGAUGUCUUUACACUCACUUAGAAAAAAAGAUAUUAUCUCACUGACUCUUAAACUGUAGUCAUUUACUUUAGGCCAAGGUUUUAUUGUAUUGCAGUUUGUGUUGUACACCUUUUGGAUGUGAACUUGUUCCAUUGGUACUCAUGCUCGCUAAAAAUGGAAAUUGUAUUUUUGUGAGUUUUGCUUACCUGUUUGUCAAAUGGAUUCUCCUCCAUAUUGCUUUCAGACAACACCACCUCUAAUUUACUGGUAUUAAAAAGGAAAAAAUGUCACCAAGAAUAAACAGUAAUCAACGCUCUGUCACAAAACUGAAAGCUAGGAUUACAUCUCACUAUUGCAGGCAGCCAAUUUUGUUGAAACUGCUGGUUGAGGUCAAUGCUUGCUAGUGUCUGCCAUGUGAUGUGCCUUAGAAAAGGCAGAAUGUGUACUGUUAGAACAUUAAUGAAAAGAUAUAUAAAGAUAUACUGUAUGUUGUUUAAAUCUUUAGGCAAAAUAUUCCAUUGUGUGAAGUGUGACCACAGGAAAUGCCCAUCUAUGUUUCUGCUGUGAAAAAAGCCAUUACCAUACAUUUUGUUUCACUGAUCGUUUGCUUUUAGAACACUUUUUUUUUCUUGUGUAUUUCUGUGUGUAUGAACUCCUGUGCCAAAACCCACAUAUAGAAAAGAUCUUGGUCUAUUCUCAGGUUUUCCAAACAAUUCUAUUUUCAUAAACAGCUUUAUCCCAUAAUAACAAACCCAUCUCCUUGAAAUCCAUCAACAAUCGCCUAGAUAUUGUAUCUCAUGACAACUGUUUAGUAUGUACAUUUAUAGCACAUUAUCAUUUUGUAAGUCUUUACGUCCACGAUGGAUAUGUAUCAUUUUGCUAACAUUAUGUGUUAUUGUCUUUUAAAUUCAGGUUUUAGUUUCGGGCACAGGUGGCCACUAGUACAGACUCAGAGAGAGGCGUAGAGGAAGUCAUUAUCCAUCUCAAUGAUGUAAGGCAUUUACUUGCAUUAAAAGAAAUCAGAAUAGAAAUAGUUUUCUGGAUUAUUUUUGUAAACUUUCAAAGAAUAUCUUCAAUGUAAUACUAAAUUAAAACUUUUAAUAUCCAA